CUCCGCUGGAAACUGUGAAAAGAUACAAGACAGAAACCUGAACAAGCUACAAAAAACCAGAAGCUUACAAAAAGCAAGCAUAAUUAACCAGAAAGCCUUGGUUUUCAUUUUCUAAACCUACAGAUAAAAUUGUAAAUGUACUCUAUAAACAGAAUUGCAGCGCAAAACUACAGUCCUGCGUUACUUGUCAAACCCCAGUUUUUAUGUUGUUGCAGUUGAGCUUCAGUAGUUUUGAGUCAAAAUACUGAAGAAAUUGUAGCAAACUGCUUCCGCUUUCAUUUUUCUUUGGAUUCCAAAAAACUGCAGUAUAUGGCAACUGAAUAAUUUACAAAUGCAAGCUGCUGGAAAGCGUCAGUUAGAGAAUAUCAAUACACUGUACACAGCUAUUCAUAAACUUAAGCAAAAAAUCCAAGAUUUGGUGAUUAAGUUGGAAACUCAAGGUGAUCAAUGUGAUUGGCCAAGGUAUCUCAGUACAUUAGCUCUAUGUGCAUCAGAAUUAAGUGAAAUUCGUAAAGUACUGGAAUCGGAUCGAUUCGCCAAUGAACAUACUUUAGUGCUUACUCCGAUGUUGUUGAAUCCUGAACAAGAUGUAAACUUAGCUAAGAUUACCGAAGAACGUCUAUCUUUAUUCAAUCACGAUACUGUACCUCAAUAUCUUCGAACUAAAUUAGAUCCAAAGGUUGAAAGUGAAUGCUCAGCCCAAGCAACACGAGCUGCUGGUAUACCGUCUGAACAAGUGAACAAACUAAUCAAUUUGACAAAUCGUGCAAUUGACUGUAGCUUAAAAGAAAUCAACUUACUGAAACAAGAUCUUGAAGCUAAUUUCUCUGAUCGUCAAAAUAAAAUGUCAUCCAAUUCAGAUGAUUUAGCCACGCUUAUCAGUGUAAUAUCUGGUAAGAAAGGCUUAAAUAUUUCUAGUUUGUGAUAAUUGUAUUUCUUUAUGCUAAAUGUCUUGUAAUAUAUAAAUAUUUGAUAGUC